UGGAUUCCAUAAAGCUUCUCAACCUUGCAAGUUGGGUGGUGUACUCGCGUGUAAUUUUUGUCAUUAAACUUAUCGUUUGGCCGUUAUGUAAAGAGCGAAUGCGCCAUGGAUUUUUGUUUGGGACGGUUAAUGUAGCUUCGGAUAAAGUAGCCACACACUGGUCGAAGUUUAUUCACUUUGUUGGAUGUUUAUGUCAGUGACGAGAGUUUGGCGCGCCCGGGUGUAAUUGGAAGUUACCACUGGUGGUAUGACCGAGUUAGUCUACUCUGACGCUGCAAAGCAAAUGAUAUGCCAGCAAGCCUUAGUUAAUUAUCAGUUGAAUUCAAUUUUGUCACGAUUUGCUUUCUUCGCGAAGAUGGAGACCUGCACACACGUCUUCCAGAUUUCUGGGAUCAAAAUCCGCGAUGAGAAGAGAGUUCUGAUCCAGGGAAUUCAGCAGCUGGGUGGGAAAUACGUUGGUGGCUCAGUAUAUCAGCACACUUGCACCCAUCUCAUAAUCCCUCAGGUGUUGUCCAGUGAGAAGUUUUUGGCAGCUUGUGCUGCAGGAAAGUGGGUUGUAACUCCAAACUACGUGCUGGACAGUGUUAAGAAUGGCUCCUGGCUCGCAGAGGAACCCUAUGAGGUGGCCAUUUCCACAGGUUCCUCCGCUGCCUUCUACCCUGUCAAACAGUGGAGAGAGAAGGUGGCUAGUGGGAGACUGAAAGGGGCCUUUCAGGGCUGGAGGGUGCUCCUUAUGGUCCAAGGGUCCACACGCAGAGCAAUGUUCAAACGACUCCUAAAAGCAGGCAGGGCUGAGGUAUAUCACUGCCCUCCCCCCUCUUAUGCCUCUAUCACGCAUGUCAUGGCGAAACCUGUUACAGAAUCCUCAAAAUCCCACAAUGCUCCUUGUUACCCUGUGAGCCACAUAGUCCAGCACCUCUUUGGGACUGAAAGCUUAUUGUUUGGGGGUCAGACAAAUCGUGUGGAUAUGAAUUUCAACAUAACAGAAGAACAAGAGGCUCAUCCAGCAGAUGUGAAGGACAAUUUCUCUACUCUGGAGGCGGAGCUUAAGACAUAUAUCAAACAAGUGGGCCAGCCAAGACUGUGCUUCCUUGAAUAUUUGGGCUACCAUGACCCCUAUAGUCCCCUGGCUCAGGCAACAAAAAUGGACUUCAGCAAUGUUGGCUGUAUGAUAGAGUGUGGCCUCUUCACUGAAGCCUUGGACUCAAUCAGAAGUGCUGUGUACCCAGGCCUCCUGCCACCGGCGCCGUACCUGAUCUCCCUCUUAGAAUACGCUCAGCAGGGUAACGCCACAUCUGUCUUCAUGAGAAGUUUCCAGCAGGUCCUUGAUAAACUGCUUAUUACCAACCCUCCCUGGAUGGCUCCCAAGUCAGUGAAACAGUAUUUUACUCAAGUGCUGCAGUGUCCUCGGUGUAAGAAGGGCUUGUGGUCUUUUCUAGAGACAGCCAUCAGAUAUUCUAUGUCUAGUGAAGAGACCUGUCACGCACUUCCUGGACCUGGUCUUCCAACAUUGUUACACUUCCACUGUUACAUCCUGGCUCUCUCCCUCAAGAUCUUCCAGGGGGAGCUCCACUCAGUCACUGCCGGAGAGUUUGUGCAGCUCCAGGGAGCCCCUCCAGCAUCAGCAUCAGGAUCUUUGCUCUAUAGAACCUUCUGGACUGUGUGGGAGCGCUCCACCCUCUUGUCCAGUGCUGUAAAACAACUAAUGCAGCUCUUGAUACAGGCUGCCAUGACUGACUACGCCGAGAGGGAUGAGAAGCAGAAGUUGCACUUGGCAGACACUCUACUGGAUUUCCUGUCUGUGUUGGUGGAGUUUUGGUGUCAGCAGCAUUUCAAAUUAAACCAGACACUAGUGGAAAAUGGCCUGAAAGACCUGUCAGAAUAUCUUGCUGUCAUUAGCCAGGAUUUAUCUCCAAAUAUUUUGGUGGAACUGGUUAUCAGGGUUCGCUCUACCAGGCUUAAGUUGAUGGUGGCUGAUGCCAUAUUCAGGAAUCUCUGCUGCAGAAAUGGAUGCACUGUGGGAGAUGAACCUCUGUCACUAAAGAAAAUGGUGCUUUCCUACCUGCCUGCUCUGGGAAGUUUGGCUCUGAGUCCCAGUGGUACUCGCCUCAGGACUGAGCCCACCUCACACAGCUGCACUAGUCAGGGGACCGACUGCAGACCUCAAAACUCUUUGGAGAAUGAAACCUGCUCGGAGAAAGAGAACAUCCCCAGAGGUUUGAACAGAGUCAACGCAGCAGGAGAGACCCUCCUCCACAGAGCUUGCAAGAGGAACCAAGUGGAAACGGUGCUUCAGAUCUUGGCGCUUCCUGGCAUAGACAUCAAUGUUAAAGACCAUGCAGGCUGGACACCUCUGCACGAGGCAUGCAACCACGGCAGCACCGAGUGUGUGGAAGCUUUGCUGCACCACCACCCUUCCCCUGUGCUUAAUAAUCAGGUGGAUGGAGUGAGUCCACUGCACGAUGCCUUGCUAAAUGGACACAUGGACAUUGCCAAAAUGCUGCUGGAACAUGCAGGAUCUGUUCUUCUACGCCAGACGGAUGGCCACGGUCGGGUCCCGCUGGAUCUAGUCUCUGAGCCAAAUCAGAGGGAAGAGCUCCUCCAUAGUGCACAGCUUGGAGACACAAAGUGUUUGAGAAAUAAAGCAACGGAAGUUAACCUUCCCGUCUUGGAGGCUGGAUCAUCUCUGCUGUCCCUACUCAUUUUCUCCUACCUCAGGGAAACGGGCAUUCCUCACCACACACCAACCAGCGACAAGCACCACAGCCUGGGCUACCGGCUGGUCAGGGCACUGGAGAGGCACUCCUUCCAAAAAGUGACUCAGGGCUGGGCAGACCAGCGGGCAGUGAGGCUGGUAGAAGAUGUAGAGACAUUGUGGGAGCUCAGCCAAGGGAAGUACCAGGGGCAGGUGUCUCAGGGUGUAAUAGAGUGCAAAGGAGAGAACACACAGUUCCUGAUGAAGAUAUUAGAGGAUCUUAGGUCGCGAGGAGAAGCACUAGUAGGUGAUCUGUAAGGUUAAAGGAUCACUUUACACCACACUGAAGCUGACUUAAAUGCAUAACCUGUGAGUGAAAGUGAACAAAAAGGUAACUUUUUAUUACAUGGUCUUAAAAUUCGCCAGGGCCUUAAAAUAGGUCCACAGGGCAAAAAAGUCUUCCUGUGGGUAUCUGCCUCUAAAGCAAGCAUGCCUUUUAAGUUCAAAGCUGUUCAUUUCUUAAGUGCUACAAUUUUAUACCUACUAAUACCUAAUGUUCAUGUUGGCUUGGUUUGUUUAUAUUGUACAUUUUGGGGAGUUUUACAAGUUCUGUGUUUCGCAAAUAUUUCUCAAAUGUAAAUGUUAUUUAUUUUUAAUAUUUCAAGAUGCAUGUUUUUGUAUGACACCACUAAUGUUUCAUUUCAGUGUCGAGUGUUGCUACCUCAUGUUUUCUUUUCUUAUUUUUUUUAAUGCCGCGUUCAUUGGUGUGCAAAUUAUAUUUUUUUGCAUGUUUAUAAAUAAAAGUGA